GAGGAGGAGGCGGGGCAGGUAAAGGAACGUUUGGCUACUUCUCUGGCCAUGGCUGCUUCUCCGAGGCGGGGCUUCCCAGAGGUGGAGAGCCAGGAAAAUUUGUCCUUGCAAGCCUUGAGUACCCAACUCGAUCUUUGCCUCCUGCGGCUAUUCGUGGAGCUCGAGGAGCUGGAAGGAAAGCGGAAAGCCUUGAACGCCCGAGUGGAGGAGGGCUGGUUUUCCCUGUCCAAGACUCGUUACGCCAUGGGCGCCAAGGCCGUGAGCUCCCUUCAGUAUGCUUCCUCAAUGGUUCCUCUCUUCCGGGUCUGCAUCAGUGAGCUCGAGACCGGUCGGCCUGAGUUCCAGGUGGUGUUCACUGACCCCAAGGAAGCCCAAGAUGUGACUGAUUAUGAGGAUCCCAAGUCGGAGGCUCCAUUAACUCCUGUGCUUCGGCGUCGACCUCAGCACCACGGGUCUCCUUUGCAGUCCACCCCACCAGCUGCCCCCUGGGCAUCUCCUGAUCGAGAUCCGUUGACUUGGUUUGGUAUCUUGGUGCCCCAGAGUCUACGGCAAGCCCAGGGAAGUUUCCGCGGAGCCCUGCAGAUUGCUGGGGAGAUUGCUGAGCUCCAGGGCCGAAUCGAGUGGUGUAGAACUCAGGUUCAAGCCCUGCAAAAGGAGAAACAAAAACUGCUUGAACAGCUGAAGGUCUGAAGCAUGAACAUUCUCUAAAAUUUAGAGUCCAAAUAAAUAAUUUAGUCUCUAGUUAAAAAAAAAAA